AUGCCUCAGCACCUAACAACAUUUCGACUAUCUACAAAUACAUGCACCGCGGAACAAGUCAUCUCAGGCCUGCGGGAGCAUUUCGAGACGGAGGUAUUCAGAGGACUCCCCAAGGACGAGGUAUACGUCGAGAGCCCGCUCGACGCUGAUGCAUUGGACCGCCUGAAACCUAUCCUUUCGCUAGUCUGUGACGGCCCAGUGCGCGUAAUACUUUCAAGGGUCAUGGGAAAGACAAUCCUGCACUCCCGUUUUCCAUGCCUCCACUUCCCAGUCCUGAUCUACGAGUCUUCGCUACUCGAUGGAAAGCCAUUAGAGCUAGGACGCGGCGUGUAUACGGACAGGGAUGUCAGUCUGACCGGGAGAUUGGUUCUAACAACAAUUGUUCCCACGUUUGUCAAAGUCAUAUUUGAGCCUUCGGAGUCACCUUAG